CGUGUCUUGGAAGUCCCUUUUAAAACCCCUUGCCUUCUUCGGUGACUAUCGCCAAAGUUUUGAGAUAAACUCGGGCAAGCGACACAUUCCCAGUCCAUGCCAGCGGAGCCGUCUGUGCCCAGGUUCGAAAGUCCGCCGGCGGGGUCACACACGUACAAAAUGUCCGGGGUGAAGAAGCUUCGUACGGAUCUCAACAGAUCCACCAAUGUAGUGUACCAGGCCCACCAUGUCAGCCGAAGCAAGAGAGGCCAGGUGGUGGGCACCAGGGGAGGCUUCAGAGGCUGUACCAUCUGGCUUACUGGUUUGUCUGGUGCUGGAAAGACCACAAUAAGUUUUGCCCUGGAAGAGUACCUGGUGUCCCAUGCCAUCCCUUGUUACUCACUUGAUGGAGACAACAUCCGCCAUGGCCUGAACAAGAACCUAGGCUUCUCUCCCACAGACCGUGAGGAGAACAUCCGCCGUAUUGCUGAGGUGGCCAGACUGUUUGCUGAUGCUGGGCUGGUUUGCAUCACCAGCUUCAUCUCUCCUUUCACCAAGGAUCGUGAUGAGGCAAGAAGGAUCCAUGUGAAUGCAGGGCUACCUUUUUUUGAGGUGUUUGUCCAUGCCCCUCUCGAGGUGUGUGAGAGCAGGGAUGUGAAAGGGCUCUACAAGAAGGCUCGAGCUGGAGAGAUCAAAGGCUUCACUGGAAUUGACUCAGAUUAUGAGCGCCCUGAGGCACCAGAGAUAGUACUAAAGACCGGUGAGCUGUCAGUAAACGAAUGUAUCGAGCAGGUAUUGGACUUGCUCAGGGAGCAGAAUAUUGUACCGAGUGAGAUCAUGGAGGAGGUGAAUGAACUCUUUGUUCCGGAGAACAAGCUGAAUCUUGCUUUGGCUGACGCAAGCACACUUCCCACCAUCAGCAUCACCAAGUUGGACCUACAGUGGGUGCAGGUGUUGGCAGAGGGCUGGGCUAGCCCUCUGAAGGGCUUCAUGAGAGAGAGGGAGUUCCUCCAGGUCCUGCACUUUGGCAACCUACUUGAUGAUGGGGCCAUUAACUUGACCGUCCCCAUUGUGCUGCCUGUUAGCGCUGAGACUAAGCGGGACUUGGAUGGCUGUGCGGCCGUAGCUCUGGAGUACCAGGGUUCACGUGUGGCCAUCCUCAGGAACCCAGAGUUCUAUGAGCACCGCAAGGAGGAGCGCUGUGCCAGACAGUGGGGAACCACUUGUCCACAACACCCCUACAUAAAGAUGGUUAUGGAGGGAGGUGAUUGGCUUGUUGGCGGUGACCUGGAGGUGCUAGAGCGAAUCAAAUGGAAUGAUGGGUUGGACCAGUACCGCCUUACUCCGCAGGAGCUCAAGCAGAAGUUCAAAGACAUGAAAGCAGAUGCCAUAUUUGCCUUCCAACUGCGCAAUCCUGUCCACAAUGGCCAUGCCCUACUGAUGCAAGACACCAAGCGUCGUCUGCUGGAGCGAGGCUACAAGAAUCCCGUGCUCCUGCUGCAUCCACUUGGUGGCUGGACCAAAGAUGAUGAUGUGCCACUGGACUGGCGGAUGAAGCAGCACGCUGCGGUCUUGGAGGAGGGCGUCCUUGACCCAACCAACACCAUCGUUGCCAUCUUCCCUUCACCCAUGAUGUAUGCUGGACCCACAGAGGUACAAUGGCACUGCAGAGCAAGAAUGAUUGCUGGAGCUAACUUCUACAUUGUUGGCCGGGACCCUGCAGGCAUGCCUCACCCACUGACUAAACAGGACCUGUAUGAGCCUACCCAUGGAGGCAAAGUCCUCACCAUGGCUCCAGGUCUCACAUCUGUGGAAAUCAUCCCAUUCAGGGUAGCUGCCUACAACAAGACGAAGAAGGCUAUGGACUUCUACGACAAAGAGCGACACGCUGAGUUUGAGUUCAUCUCUGGAACCAAGAUGAGGAAGUUGGCACGCAGUGGGGAGAACCCUCCAGAUGGUUUCAUGGCCCCCAAAGCCUGGAAAGUCUUGACUGAGUACUACAGCUCUUUCCAGAAGGACCAGUAACCAACGCAGCGCUUAGCUCACCAGUUGACAACCAACAUGAAGUGGUCCAUGCAGCCAGAGCUCUCAAAAGGGGAUCAAACACCUAAAAUACUCCUUGAUGGCUAUUUUAGGCACUUUCCCUUUUAUGUUAUCCUCCAGAGAUUUCCAUUUCAAGGGAUGAAGUUAGGUUAAUUAGUGGGUCAGUCUUAUGAAGCUGGACAUUUUGCACCAAUUUUCACCAAAUCACAAUGUCUUAAGCAUUAUAUUUUCAGUUGCUAUCAGAUUUUUACAUUUAUAUGCACAUUAACUUAAUUUAUAUAUUUUAAUUAACUGAAGGUAACGAGAUUAUUAUUAUCAUUAUUAUUAUUAUCAUCAUCAUCAUUAUUAUUAUUAUCGUUAUUGUUAUUAUUAUUAUUAUUGUUAUUAUUAUUAGGGUUAAGUUUACUUUCCAAGAGAACAUGGAAUCAUAGUACUUUUCUGAGUUGUUUUUAAUACUUAUGUGUAAUUUCUGUAGACUGUGACAAAAUACAUGUUUUUUUUUGUUGUUUUUUUUUUUUUUUGGUUGUUGUUUUUUGCAAAUUAGAAUUGUCAUUUUAUCACUUACACAUACAAUGUUAGCACUACCUUUGUAGCUACUCGGAAGUAAUAUAUCUUUAAAAAAAAAAAAAAAAAAAACAACAACAACAACUUCAAUAUCUCAUCAUGUAAGUGCCUUUCUGAUGAAUGUAAACAUUUUUUUAACUGAUGUUUGCCUAAAUGUUUCCUAUUCACAAAUGUUACUGAUGCUGAGAAGAUGACCUAUGAAUAAGAGCUGAGGUGUUAAAACAAUGGGGGCAUUGAUAAGUAUAGAAACUGGGGUGAUAUUUAUUGCUAUAAAUCACUGAUCACUGCCUAAUUACUGGAAUAAUGAACAGGCAAGAAAUCUUAACAGUAUGUCCAUGAAUGUAAUGGUUUCAAAUAAAUAUUUUCAUCUCUGUGA